AUGAUGAGAGUAUUAGAAUUGUAUAGCGGUAUCGGUGGGAUGCAUUAUGCGCUUCAAGAAAGUGGCGUCAGUGGAAAUUGUGUUGCAGCAAUUGAUAUAAACAAUGUUGCAAAUGCUGUCUACAAGUACAAUUUCCCAAAUGUUUAUCUAAUAAAUCGCAAUAUUCAGUCGCUUUCUGCACAAGAAAUAAACAACAUAAAUAUAGAUACUAUAUUAAUGAGUCCUCCUUGUCAACCUUACACAAGGGUAGGCCUUCAAAAGGAUAUCUCAGAUAAUAGGUCUUCUAGCUUAUUUCAUGUUCUCAAACUUAUACCUCAAAUAAAAGUGCUGAAGUAUAUAUUACUUGAAAAUGUAAAAGGGUUUGAGAAGUCUGAGAUGAGAAAUGCAGUAUUAAAAUGCAUUAAUGAUUCUGGAUUUGAUUACAGAGAGUUGAUUCUAAGCCCCUGCCAAUUUGGUGUUCCAAAUAGUAGACACAGAUAUUAUUUACUGGCUAAGAAAAGGAACCUCAGAUUUUGUUUUGAUAAUGUGAGAUUAAACUUUAAUUUACCAGAGAAUGUUCUAACAGCUUUGCCGAAAAGUAAACAUAAUCUGUUAGUAGAUAAAAAUUGUACACAAGACACUGAAACUAAUAAAAAGUGUUAUACAUUAGAUAACAUUUUGGAAACUGUUGAAGAGACACAAUACCUGGUACCAAGAAAGCUAUUGCAAAAAAGAGCUUGGUUACUAGAUAUAAGAACAUCUCAAAGUCAUGGGUCUUGUUGUUUUACAAAAGCCUAUGGCCAUUAUGUAGAAGGUACAGGAUCUGUAUAUUGUCCAUAUUCCGAAGAAACGAUUAAAGAAACAUAUUUAGCAGCAAGAAAUUGCAAUAGAGAAUCAUUAGAAGUGUCAGAAUAUUUAGGAAAAUUAAGACUAAGAUAUUUUACACCAAGAGAAGUUUGCAGAUUAAUGUGCUUUCCAGAAGAUUUUACAUUUCCAGAGCACUUAACAUGCAAACAGAAAUAUAGGCUAUUGGGUAAUUCAAUUAAUGUACAUGUAGUUAGCAGACUAAUAUUUUUAUUAUGUACCGAAGAAUAACUUGUAUAAGUAUAUUGAAAGAAAUGUACUUAAUAAUUUUUAUCGGCAUACAGUAAUUGUACUGUAUGUAAAAAUAUUUAGCUUUUAAUGCAAAUAAAAGUCAU